CGAAGAAGAACAUUCUGGCGCGAACAGUGCAGUGCGAACUUACCUGUGAGUAUCACGGUCGGCUGUAAAUCUCUGUCCACUUCCUUGAUCUGACACAUCGGACCAGUCUCUAUUUAACCAUGGCGUACUCCGCUGAGAGCCAGAUUCAUCAUUCAAUUCACUCGUUUGAAUGGCGCUUCGGACGUAAGAACCCCACGACCUUAACGUGUGAUAAAGCAGGAACUGUGGAAGAUUCUCUGAAGAGGAGCAACCUUUUCAGAGAAAAUGAAGAAAAGAAUCAACUCAAAGAGCUUGUGAUAGUGAGAUGUGGCAGACCCAUCUCUUCACACUUUCCAUGCAUGUUGAUUAAACCUGGGGAGCAACUGCUAGUUAAAUAUGUUAAGAAACCUGCAGGUCAGAAGCCAGCGGUAAAGGCUAGAACAAGGUCAUGCGAGGAAAUGGUCACAUUUAAUUUACAGACAAAGGGUGGUAAAAAUAUUACAAAAAUUAUAAGAAAUCCAGCAUUAAGAGAGUAUUCUGAAAUCUCUGUUUAUGCUUAUAAAGGGGAAAAGGUGAAACAUGCUCUGAAAAGAGAUGGGCGCUUUCUUAAAACAAUCUUUAAGAAAACCUGUGCCCUCUUUGACUCAAACGCAAAUGUAGAGAUGUCUAAUCUUGUUGAUGAUCUUGAUGAAAAAACUUUUCAGAUUAUUAUGUUGAACAAGAGUAGUCCUCCAGAGAGCCAGCCGAGUAGUCUGGAGCCUGCUCUUGAUACUGUUGAACAGACAGUUGAACUUGAACAGGGGAAUAAUGAUGAAAACAAUGAGAAUAUUGGAUAUGAAUUGUGUGAAAUCCCAGAUUCUAGAGAAAUUAGAUCUCAUCUGUCUUCACGUGUGAGAGAUGUUGAGCAUCAAAUUCUGAGAGUGGAGUAUGGCAGGAGCGAGGGCUCUGUAAGUGUGGAAACCAUGAAGAGGCUGAUGAGCCUGAGCACCUCUGUGUGUCAGGUUAGAAUAAAGGCUAAAGCAGAAGGUAGCGGUUUUCUUCUGUUUGACUCCUUUGUCCUCACAAAUUUUCAUGUGAUUAGCCCAUGUUUUAAUAAGAUGGGUCAGCUGUCAGAACCUGUUAGUGUGCAUUUCUCCUUUGAAAAUCUUGACCAAGUUGAUCCAGGGCACCAGGUGCAGGAAGUAAUUGCCUAUGACUACUGCCCUGAUUUGCGCAAAUGUGACUGGGCUCUGUUGGGGCUGAAUGCAGACCAAGUGUUACCCCCAGGUCUGUUGUCAUUCCUUGGGUUUAUUCCCCAAAGUGGCAGCAUUUGUAUCAUAGGCCACCCACAUGGGGGUGUGAAAAAAGUAGACCAAACCUGGAUUUUAAACGUUAAUAGCCAGCGUCAGGUUAUUGAGAAACACUACAAUGAAAAUCUUAAAUACAAUCACAGGGAUGAAGUAAUUCAGUUUGUGACUCCUUCAUAUGCUGAGGCGGUUUUAAAGGCAUUGGAUGGGGGUCGUGUUUUACCCUAUGAGACGUGUUUUUCCUUUUGCUCUUCUGGCUCUCCAAUCUUUGAUAGUUACUGUAAUGUUGUGGCAAUGCACACGGCUGGGUAUCUUUAUGAAAGUUCCUCAGGAGAGACCAAAAGUAUGAUUGAGUAUGGACAACCUCUGUCAUCCAUUUUGGAAAACCUUAUUGUUCACUUGGUGAAGAAAAGAAGACUGGAUGUGUUAAAGAAAUGUUUGUUUUUCGUUACAGACAAUGAGGUUAUAAUUCACUGUGUUAAAGUAGCCACCAGCCACAAUGGCACCGCAUUUCAAGACUCUGCUAAUGAGGUCAAUAAUUUGAAUAAUGACACAUUGAAAAUGUUCUUUGAAUUCGUACAGCCAGACACAUCUGUCCCAAUGGACACAGGGAGUUAGGAAUUAUACGGUCAAAUAUUAUUUUCUACUUUACUUUUACUUGUUUCUAACUUGAGGGUUUAAUGUUGAUGCCACCCCUUCAGACCAGAAGGACCAGUAAUCCUCAUUGGUUAUUCAUUACAAUAUUACUUGUAAACUGGG